CGAAGACGUCAAGCAUCACAAUUAUUGCUUGACCAUAUGUGAAAGGGAGCACCCCCAAAGUGCACGAUUAAUCAGUUCGACUCAUUGAGGAGCGUUGGCUGAUUACUUCAAAACAAACACAAUCGUAAUCAAUCGGAGGCUUUUCUGUAGAAAAUCUCCACCACCAAAAUGAGAGUUUAACCCGCGGGAAUUUAAGGUGUUGAUUGUUGACUGCCACAAAUCAUAUCAGUAAAUCACAAUCACGUCCGCCCUCUGUAUUCAUUCCAACACCAUCCGCCAUGCCAGGACCGGCCGUCCUAUCAUCCACACCGCCCGUGACAUCCUCAACCCAAGACCCGACCGAAUGCAUCCCCCCACAAGCCGAUCCAGGUGUCAUCCACAUCCAACUCAUACCCCACAGCGACACUCCUGGGCGCCCGGUCCUGGGCGAUGUUGUUGAGCGGAAAUUUGAAGAGGGAAUGAGAGUCAGAAGCGGGAGGCAGGUCAUUCGGGAAGGGGUGCCGACUGUAAUGAAGGGAUCAAAGCCCCCAACAGACAACGAUAUUUGGUAUUCGAGUAAAGUGGUCAGCAGGAACCAUGCGGAGAUGUGGGUCAAAGAUGGCCAGAUAUAUAUCAAAGACAUUGGGAGUUCCUCCGGAACAUUUUUAAAUAAGAUGCGGUUGAGUCCAUCUGGAAAGGAAAGUCGACCGUAUCCUCUGAAAGAAGGUGACAUUCUACAGUUCGGUAUAGAUUAUAAAGGAAAGCCAGAUGAUAUUUAUAAGAGCGUGAUGGUCCGGAUCGGCUUUUACGAUCAGUCAUGGGUACAAGCUCAAAGACGGAAAGCAAAUCCCGCCAGGUUCCGGACGGCUUUGAAAAUGCUACUGGCAGCAGCUAACCCGUACGCCUCGGCGAACAGCGAGCAGACGCAGGAAGAAUCUGGCUCCACAGAUUGCUGUAUCUGCAUUGGGGCUAUAGGUCCUUUUCAAGCUUUAUUCGUUGCCCCGUGUUCGCAUUGUUAUCAUUACAAAUGUGUUCAUGGACUCCUCGCUCAAUCGGCGAUGUUUCAAUGUCCUAUGUGUCGUCAAGUCGCGAAUCUAGCUGCAAGUGUUUCCAUGGACAGCUUGUUUGAUGAUGAAGAUGAGAGUGCUUCCAGUGUUGCUGGGGAUUCCAUAGGUAGGAAAAUGGGACAACUGCGAGCAGGUGAGGACAACCCCGAUGCAACGUUAUCAGCUGCCCAGAACGCCAUUCAGAGAUUGCAGCAAUCUGGUCAGCCGGGUAGCGGUGAUGUUACACCCCGCAAUGAACGUUCGGGAACACCUGCGCCCAUCUCCCCGGAAUCUGACACAUCAGGACGGAGUACUCCAAAUCCGCUCGGGGAGCCAUCCACUCGACGACCACACUCCGGGGGUGCAAGUGUGGGCGGGCAACAAUCUGGGGCCUCAACCCCCGAUAGAUCGGUGGCAUCGCCUACCGCCCGCGCCCCCAAACGUCGCUCAAGCAUCACGAGCAAGAUCAACGCUCUUCUACGCCGUGGUCACAGGGAUACGAGUAGUAGUAGUACACACCACGAAGAACCGUCUCCGCCACCGGUACCCAUCCGUGAAGAAAGUUUGCGGCGUUCAGAGCCGCCGAUUCCCGAUGAAAAUGAUGAGCCUCCCGUUUCUCCAGUGUCGCCCACCAGUGAGGAAGGCCUGAAACGGAACAUGACGGCUCUCACUUCAGUGGCAGGAAUGGACCGGGAUCGGUCUACACAUGAUAUACAUGAGGACGCAGAAGGUGGAAAUGAGGGUGAUAUCAGUAAUGAGGACCAGUAAUGAGAGAUACAUAGGGACGAGUGAGAGGAUUAGCUAUCGUGUCGGGAACUCUUUGUCGCAUGAAGAUGGCUAGUGUAAAAGUGGUGGUUCUUUCUCCUGAGAGCCCGCAUGGUUCAGUGUGACCUAGUAGUGUAAUCAGAUGUGAUUUUCCGGAUGAGAUCUAGGUCUGCUUUGCCAUUCAGAUCAAGUACGUUGUUUGUUGUGAACAUUUUGACAAUACAUCUUUAUGCAUACGACGAAA